AUGGGAGGUACUCUUCAGAAGGGUGACUCUUCCAGGGCUUCUUUACCCGAGACAAAACUCGAGGCCAAAAUCCUUGAGACAAUGAGGAGGCGUGAAAGUGAAGGGAGUUCACUGAAAUCGUUCAACAGUUUAAUCUUAAAGUUUCCCAAAAUCGAUGAAAACCUAAGAAAGUGUAAAGCCGUAUUUGAGGAAUUUGACACUGAUGGAAAUGGAGCAAUAGAUCAACAAGAGCUGAAUCACUGUUUCAGAAAAUUGGAGAUUGGUUUUACAGAGGAGGAAACUAAUGAUCUCUUUGAAGCUUGUGAUAUCAAUGAUGACAGGGGUAUGAAAUUCAAUGAAUUCAUCGUUCUUCUUUGCCUUGUAUAUCUUCUGAAGGACGACCCUGCUGCGCAGCAUGCUAAAUCACGAAUUGGAUUGCCAAAUCUUGAAGCUACAUUUGAAACUUUGGUCGAUGCUUUUGUACUUCUGGACAAGAACAAAGACGGUCAUGUCAGCAAGAGAGAGAUGGUUGAAGCAAUAAAUGAGACUACUUCAGGAGAGAGAUCAUCUGGGCGUAUUGCCAUGAAAAGAUUUGAGGAGAUGGAUUGGGAUAAGAAUGGAAUGGUGAAUUUCAAAGAAUUCCUUUUCGCUUUUACACGGUGGGUUGGAAUUGAGGAUAACGAUGAUGAAGAGGAUGAUGAAGGAGACGGUGAAGAGGAGGGAUAA